AUGAAUUCGUUUAACCUAUUUUUGUCGUUUUUAUUCUACUUGUUCGUCUUGUAUUCUUCGUUCAGUUUGUUUGUACAAGCAGAUGACGAAUUGGUUGGCACUGAUAUCAACCACUGGUGCCAAACGACCCCUCAUCCGAACCAAUGCAACUUCUUUCUGGGUCGUGGCAAACAUCAUGUGCCACGACAUAGGACAGAUUUUCGAAUGUUGGCCUUACAGGCUGCAGUAGAUAACGCCAAUGAGGCUCUGGGAUGCACAAGAGACCUUGGGAAGAUGUGUCAGACCAUGGCAACUACCGCGGUUUGGAACGACUGCUACAAGCUUCUCAAUAACACCGUGUUCCAACUCAACCAAACCCUAGUCGGCUUGAAAAACAAUCGGAGCUCCAACUUCGACGCACAAACAUGGCUGAGCGCCGCCUUCACCAACCUCCAAACUUGUUUUUCCGGUUGUGUUGAAAUGAACUUGACGGAUUUUGCAUCUCCGAUCAAGUCAAGUAACUUGACCGAGAUGAUAAGCAAUAGUUUGGCCAUAAAUCACUUGUUCUUGAACCAAAAUCCAAACUACGAUUUUAAUACCAACGAUUUCCCGGCUUGGGUGACACACCAUGACCGGAGAUUGUUGGCGACAACGUCGAUCCAAUCGAUAGCAAACGUGAUAGUGUCUCAAACACCGGAUAGUAGGUUUCCGACCAUUCAAUCGGCUCUUGAUUAUGCCAGAAGUAUCGACCACGGGGAUCAGAGAUUUAUAAUAUACAUAAAAGGAGGUGUAUAUAAUGAAAACAUCCAGAUCGUAAACGAUUUGAAGAACAUCAUGUUCGUUGGUGACGGAAUCAGAUACACCAUUAUCACCGGCAACCGGAGCGCCCGUGGAGGUUCCACAACUUAUAGCUCAGCCACCGUCGGAGUGGAUUGCUCUGGAUUCAUAGCUCGUGGUAUAACAUUCCGAAAUACCGCCGGCCCUGAAAGCGGCCAAGCGGUGGCGCUCCGAUCAGCAUCCGAUCUCUCUGUCUUCUACGCUUGCAGCUUUGAAGGUUAUCAAGACACUCUAUUCGCCGUUUCCCAAAGACAAUUCUUCAAACUCUGCUAUAUUUCCGGUACCAUCGAUUUCAUAUUCGGUAAUGCCGCCGUGGUUUUCCAGAACUGUGUAAUCUUAGUCAGAAAACCCUUAAAUGGACAAGCAAACAUGAUAACCGCCCAAGGCCGUGGUGAUCCGUUCCAAAACACCGGGAUUUCAAUCCACAACUGCCGCAUAAUCCCCACUCCGGAACUAAUUCCGGUGGUGAGUUCCGUUCAGACCUACUUAGGCCGGCCGUGGCAAGAAUAUUCUAGAACAGUGUUCAUGAAAACAUACCUUGAUGGCUUUAUCAAUCCGCAAGGAUGGUCACCGUGGGGGAAUACCGAUUUCGCUUUUAAUACGUUGUAUUAUGGUGAAUAUGGUUGUUUUGGUCCGGGUGCCGCCAUGGAAAACCGAGUGAAGUGGGCCGGAUACCAUGCUAAUAUGAGCUCGAGUGAAGCACGAAUGUUCACGGUGGAAGGCCUUAUUGCUGGUAGGGCAUGGUUGCCGGCCACCGCUGUGCCAUUCAUCGCAGGGCUGUGA